AUGGGAACCGAACCGCCGCCUUUGGCCGGGUCCGCUCUAUAUGGAGGUAGUUCAGUCCUCCAGCAAGGGCUGUGCCUCGGUGUGGUGUGGGCUUUCAGUGGCGGUUCAGUCAAGGGCGGUUCCCGGCUGGACCAAGGCCGGUGGAUAAGUGUGGGCAUCAUCAUGAUGUUAAGCUGCCUCUUCCUUCUGAAGGCAUUUCUUGCUCUUGGGUCCCUGGCAUCCUGGGCAACAGCAGGAGAACAUGCGUUUGGUGGUGAAUGUCCUGCUGACCCCCUUCCGUGUGAGGAGCUGUGUGAUGGGGACACGUCCUGUCCUCAGGGGCAUAAAUGCUGCAGCACUGGCUGUGGCCACGUCUGCCGUGGAGACAUUAAGGGAGGGCGGGGUGGUGAAUGUCCAAAAGUUCUGGUUGGCUUGUGCAUUGUCAGCUGCAUGAUGGACGAGAACUGUCAAGCCGGGGAAAAGUGUUGCAAGUCAGGCUGUGGCCGCUUCUGUGUCUCGCCAGUCCCGCCACCCAAACUGACCAUGAACCCCAACUGGACCAUCAGGUCUGAUUCUGCAUUAGAUAGUGCAUCAAGCAAUUCCUUGAGUUCGUGUCCUCUCAGGUGUCCCUGUUUAAGAAAAAAAAAAAUCCAGAUCUGUGUUACAAGUUUUGGAACGUCUCUCUGGAUUAAUAUCCUGAAUCCUGUAGAAGCAGGAACAAUGUCUGACUUAUGCUACAGUACCUAGCAGUGAGUGUGCUGUCCUGCACAUAGGAAUUCAAAUACAAUGAUUCAAUGAAUGCUCUCAUUCAAGCCUUUCAUUACUCUUAUGAAUCACACAGAAACAGGACAUGCCCAAGGCCACAGAAGAAGUUCAUUAGAGAUGUGAAUCAGAACUCUAGUGUUCUUACUUCUGCAUCAAUAAAGGUCCCAUAAAUUCAGACUCUGGGACCAGUGAUAAUGGCUAGGCAAGGAACAGGAGCUUCCCUUGAACUGGAUCUUCAGUGCCUUGGAACAGUGGCUUCAAAACGGGGGUGUUGUAAGUGAGAAAAAGUUUGGUUCUGCCUAAAAUGUAUGUUAUUCAUUAGGAUAGACUACCCUGCUUUAACAGAAAGCCUCCAUCGCAUAAUGACUAAAAUGCGAUAAAAUUUUUAUUUCUUGUUCACAUAAUAAUUCAGGAUGAGUAACCUAUAACAAUGGAUGACUCUUCUUCUAUGUGAUGAUUCAAGGACCCAGGCUCCUUCCAUCUUUUGG